CUCAGGCAUGGUCGGUAUAACCAAAAAUUAACACGGAUGCAUACUGUGCGUGUACUGCAAAGUAAAGAGAAGUAAUUUCAGAAUUUGAUGAGAAAAAAAAACACCAUUUUCUCAUUACAGUCGUUUUCAUCAUGGUAUGUGUACUGCAAAUAUAAUGUUGAUGGCCAUGAUAACAUUAUUAAAUCGAGUAAGAAGUCAGCCGAAGAGAUGCAGAAGAGUGCGGAAUUUACAAUGCGGAAAGUUAUGACUACGUCAACGUUUUAUAUUUAUAUUCGUUAUUAAGUAUUGAAAGAGGAACGAAAUGCACGUCUAAUGUGAAAACAGGCACAACUCGCGUUCUUAGUUACCUAGUUUACCACGUAAUUACGUACCGUGCUAUAUCUAACUGACUAUACAAAAAUUAUAACGCAUCAUAAUUUACCAAAACGCAAGUAAUCCAACAAGAAAACAACCACGACAUCGUAUGUCACAAGCUUAAGAAAUACUAAACAGUAUUCUUCGACAGUUUUAUAUAAUUAGAAUCAAUCGAAGGAAGUAAAUCCAAAUAAGAUGGAUCUUCAUAAUCGUUAUUUACGUUUCUCGACAGUCAACGUUUCGCUUUUGCAAACUAUAAACAAGUCUAUUAGCAUACAUCACUUGAUACAAUCUUACAAUUAUGAAAUGACUAAAGAAGAAUUAGAUGUAGAUAAACUCGAGUUCUGCCGAUUGCUGUUAUGUUAUGAAUACCAAUCUGUGUUUCGCAACAUCGAGAAGUGCGAUAAGAAGCAUAAGAAGCAUCUGACACCUGUUAAUGCGAAGGAACCUGUUAACUUUCCUAGUGUAAAAAUGAUUUUUCCGCCAAACUGUUCACGAAAUAUCUCACAAAUUUCACUUUUGUGUGACAUAAUCAAUCUGCAGAUGAUACUUUACUAUAAUAUUGGUUCAAUCAAAGAAUAUCUGCAGAAUUUUCUUUACUCAAACGACAUGUAUAUCGCAACUAAUAAUUCUAGGAUUAUGUAUAUGAAGAUAUUAGAACAUCUUUUAGAAUUUUUACGCUUGUAUCAACUUCAUUCUAUUGACAAGGAUAGCAAGGCAUUGGAAAGCUUUGGCCACAUAUAUUUGGAAAUUAUCAAGUCCUGGCUAAAAUUCAAGGAAGACUGUGAAUGGAGACAGUUUGCUUUAAUGUUUCCUAAAUUGGUAGAAAUUUUUACUCCUUCGUGUAUUGUGUUUCCUCUGUGGAACCAUUUUCUAUAUGAAAUAAAUGAUUUGAAGGAAUCUCUCAUUGGCCUAAGUAUUAUGGCAGACAUAUGUUUUACGUCGUCAAAUUCAAUGAAUUAUAUACAGUGUGAUAUUUACUGUAACAACACAUUCUGGUUAUUGAUACUAAAGGGAUUACGAUCGCCCUUGCAACAAUAUCGCAAACAAGCUUUAUACGUAAUGAAAAAAGCAAUCGGUUCUACGAGUACAAAUGUUAUAUUAAAUUUUGAAUCACAAUUGAAUGUGACAAAAGCAGAAAUUACACCAUUUAUUUGUAGUAAUUCUGAUAGCUCUUUAUCAAUAGAUGACAUUAAGGAGAAAUUUUUCUUACUUUACGAAGCGUUAGAAGAGAAGAAAGAACAUUUAAUAACACCAACUUUAAUUCAUGCAGCUGCUUUAAUAAAAAUAAACAAAGAGCACAGAGCUUGCAACUGCUUCAACAUCGUAUGGUUGCAGUGCAUUUUGGAGAAAAUCUUACUGCAUGAGAAUAAUCAUAUUGCAAAGUGGGGUGUAUCAUACGUUUGUAAACUAGACAAGACCAUGUUUGAUGAUCAGUUUCUCGAAUUAUUUAUACAUGUCCUGAAUAAUAACUUUCUUUAUGAAUGCCAAUCUGAUGAAAAAUGUCCGGGAAUUGUGAAAGAGCUCUCGCAAUUUCUCGAAUACGCGGAGAAAAGCGAUUUGCUCAAUAGAUUUGUUAAAAAGAUUAGCUGUGUAGCCUGGGGGCCUGUAGCAAUAUUUUAUAUAGUACAUGUGUUACGAACAAUUUCACAUCAUGGGAGUCAACAUUCUGAUUGGCAAACUACUGAAUUAAAUGCCAUAAAAUUUUUAGUGGAAACAAAUUUGAGCAUGCAUUCUCGCAUUCUACGUACUGCGUCUCAAACUGAACUCUUGAGAGCAAUCCCUAAUUAUGUACGAAAGAUAAAUAAUCUACCAUUGCUCGCUAAUGUUUUAGCUACAUUUCCUUCUGGAGAAAGUCUCACGAGAGGAACAGUUCCUUGGAACGUUAUUACGACAUGGUUGGAAAAAGUAUUAGCGAGAGAAGAUGUAAUAACUUUCAUAAAAGAGACUUGUGCGAAAUAUUUGAAUCAAGAUGCUAGUCCUGAGAUAAAUCCUAGGACAUUUGCAAUAAUGAUAUAUUUGUUAUACGACGCAAAUCUUAUAUUCUUAUGCCAGACGUGCCCUGACAUAGAAGCAUUAAACAAUUGGCUGUAUACGUUAAAUGGUAUUAACGCACGACCGUAUGCCGAUGUCAUAUUAAGUAUGAAUGUAGUAGAAUUUAUAUCGUAUUUACUGUAUCUUUCUCCGAUGGGGUCUCACAAUAACAUGAUGGACUUUAUAUCGUUACACAUACGCAUCACUUUCAAUUUUUUAAUUAAAAAUAUGAGAAAGAUGUCCACAGAACUGUCUUAUGAAAAUUAUACGAGAUACACGGCCAUUGUAUCUUCACAUAUUAUUAACGCUCCUUUUUUCAUGUCAAAAAAGGAUGUAAACAUUUAUGCAGAAAAGUUGCAAAACGAAAGUAUAAACUUGAUACAUGACUUGCAAAAUCUAAAUAUACAAUAUUUGUAUGGAUUACACACCUUAUAUCUCUCUCAGAAUAUAUUGACUUUGCCACUUACGAAAACUUUUUAUAUAAAGCGUUUAUUGAAUACGCGGAUGAACAUUCAUAACGAUAUCAAUGAGGAAAAAAUUUUAAAAGGAAAAAUGGCAUCAGAAUAUGAUUUGCUUCUUUUAAAACUUCUGCAUCAAUAUCUUAUAAAUUCGCCAGUACCGUCAUGGAUUCCUAUUACCACAAUACUAUCUAAUUUGUUACAAUUUCUUGAGGUAGGCUCACCAGAAAAUGUUUCUGAAAUUGCAAAGAUACUAAUAAUAAUAAAUGAUAGUAAAAUUAUAAACGAUACAAGUGAUAAAGAAACUUUGGAAUAUAUUAUUAACUUGAGCUUUACGUACAUCAUCAACAGUAAAAGAAAUAAUAUUUUUUGGACAGCAAUAGAGAACCUUAUGGAAGUUAUUAUUAAUAACAAUUUCUUAUUUUUACUUAAUGCUAUACAAUUCACAAAAAGAUAUGUCGUUAAAUUACUAAACGAAGGGGAGAAUACACCAAGAUUUAAAAGGAUAUUGCUUUCUAAAAUGAAAAAUUUGGAUAUACACAAUUUGAUGAAAUUAGAAAAUGUAUUAGGGAAUUGUUUCCUUCAUGGUUCUGUACACCGACGUGACAAGAAAAUUGAAAAUUAUGCUCAUUUAUUUAUUGAGAAACAAUUAGAUAAAUAUUAUUCAAAGCAUAUUUUCACGUUGGAUCAUAAUAAUGAUGCUGCAAUUAGAGCAGAGGCAGUUAUAUUGUUACAUAGAAUAAUUAGUAAUCCAGAAUGUAAUUGCGCAGCAUCAUUUGGACAAUCAGUACUCAAUGAGUUGAUAAAGAACAAAACCAAGAGAUAUUUUAAAGAUUCACCUUUACAUAAAUUAAAACACAGAAUAAUGCAAAUUUUAUUAAUAUUAGAACCAGUACUGAGUAAGGAAUUUGUUCCUCUACUACAGGAACAGUUAUGUGAUUUUAUUUUUUCGGAAAGCAAUCAGUCUAGCGUGAAAAUAAUGCAGGAAUGGUUACUGAUACGAAUUUUUACAAAAAAUAUUCAUUUGCAUGAUAAACUGUGGUCACUUUUUGCAAAGAGCAUAAAAGAUCGACCGAGAUGUACGAUUUCUGUAGCAAGCAUUGUCUAUCAUGUUGCAAAACUUCUUUCACGUGAUGAUCAGAGAAUUUUCAUUCAAACAGCCUUGCCAUAUAUAGUGCAAUGUUGUUUAGGACAGCAAUUUAAUGCACGUGUUUAUAAUCAGUUCAUUUUGACACAAUUGUAUGAAUUAAUGAAAGCAAAUUAUGGGGAUAAUAACAUAUCAGAAUAUAGAGGUAUAUAUCAAGCAGCUGUGAUUGGUUUGCAACAAGAAAGUUUGACAAAAAAUUCAUCUAGAAUACAGGAUGAUUUUUACUUUUCUAAUUUUCAUCCAUUCAAUGAUUACUGCUUACAGACGAUUUAUUAUCAAUUGCCGCGUUUGACUACCGUAAGUUGUGACGAAUGGAUUAGUCCGAACGUGUUUAAAGACUUAAUGUUUAUGGAAAACGAUUGUCAUCCUCUACAGCUUUGUAACACAGAUUCAUUUCUGACUAAAAGUACACCUUCCGUAUAUCUGACCAAAUCUUUUGCAGGUGAUACACACGGCGAUUCAUUAGAAAAUAAUGUUGAAAUUUAUAUGGAAGGUUUGAACGAUAUUCAGAAAAAGAUCGAUCCAUCAAAAUCUAUAGGUUUAUGUGGUGAUAUUUUCGAAGUAAUAAAUGAAUUCAUGUUUCUGCAAGAUACACAGUUGCAGGAAGGUCUAAUAGUUGUAGCUUCUUUUGUCGAUCGACCACCGAAUUUAGGAGGCAUCGCUAGGACAUGCGAGAUAUUUGGAGUUAAAGCACUAGUCGUUGCGAAUGCAGAUUGUGUAAAGGAUAAGGAGUUUCAGUAUCUCAGCGUUUCUGCUGAUAAAUGGUUAAAUAUCCUGCAGGUAAAGCCAUAUGAAUUGCAAAAAUUCUUGUUAGACAGGAAGAAUACAGGAUGGUCUUUAAUUGGGGUAGAACAAACGGUCAAUAGUACAAAUUUGAUGACAACGACAUUCGAAAAAAGUACCAUUCUCGUUUUAGGAAAUGAGAAGGAUGGUAUACCAGCUAAUUUCAUACCACUUUUUGACAAAUGUGUAGAAAUACCUCAAGUUGGUGUAACACGAUCGUUAAAUGUCCAUGUUACUGCUGCAAUUUGCAUAUGGCAAUAUGCAAACCAACAUAUAUUAAAAUAAUUUUUCUACAUUUAUAAGAUAUAAGAUAACGAUUAUAAAAUAAAU